AGGAGGUCCUACUGAACUACUGAGUAGCAAAAACUGAGACAUGACCCAUACUUUGUGUGUUAGGCAUUCAUGGCAAUGAGUGGUGUUUGUAUUGUUAAGUUUCACAGCCCUUCCUGAUAUUUGGCCAUGGUAAAGCCAUUCAUCGGAUGGACCUUGAUGGGAAGAACCAGAGAAGACUUGUGGCUGGGGUGGGAAGAUCUAUCCUGCUUGACUUUCAUUUCAGAGAAGAGACAGUUUACUGGGCCGACACACAAACUGGUGUCAUCUACAAAUCAUCAGUGAAAGGAGGACACAGACAGAAACUUUAUUCAUCCGACAAACAUAUCUCAGGGAUUGCAGUGGACUGGAUUUGGAACAGCAUAUAUUGGACAAGUGCAGAGAAGGGAAAAAUCAAGAGAAUGGAUAUGAAUGGGAAAAAUGAAAGAACUCUUUUAAGACACUUGACCCAACCAAGUUGUGUAACAGUUGAUCCCACUAACAGGUUUCUUUUUUGGCUGUCUGGUGAGACGACUCCAAGCAUCCAGCGGUCUGAUAUGACAGGUCAGAUGAAAACCACUCUUAUCAAGAUAGCCAAACAACUGAAAGCACUGUCCAUUGACCGGAGGGAGAAAAGACUGUUCUGGGUUCAGUUUGGUCUGCAAGGAGAAAGUGCCAUUGCCUCUUGCAAUUACAAUGGGAAUGUCCUGCACAUCAUAGAUCAGCCAUUUCGGUCUCAGUCACUAGGAAUAUCAGUUUUUCUGGAGUACUUAUACUACACUGAUGCUGCAUCUCGGGUCUUAAAACGAGUAAACAAGUAUACUGUUGGAGACCCACUGAAUGUAAACAUCAAACCAAUGGCAAAACCCCCAGUUGAUAUUAAGGUGGUACAUCUCCUCAACCAGCCAAUGGCAGACUCCCAGUCAUCAUUUCCAGGUUGUGAUGAACAGAGUGGAAACUGUGUGAAUGUGUGUUCCAGCCAAGCCGAGCAAGGGACCUGCCAGUGCAGUGAAGGCUUUGCUAUCAGUAAGCAAGGCACUCAUUGUGAAGAUGUGAAUGAAUGUGCCCUCUGGAACCAUGGCUGCUCUCUUGGUUGUGAAAACAUCCCAGGAUCCUAUUUCUGUACCUGCCCUAAAGGAUAUGCCCUCCUACCAGACAAGAAGACAUGCCAAGAGAUCAUGCCAUGUGAAGGCAAUAUCACGAAGUGCGGCCAUGGAUGCCUGACAACAGACGAGGGUGUGGUCUGCGUGUGUCCUGAGGGAUCUUUACUACGGGAAGAUGGACAAGCUUGUACUGGCUGCUCGUCUGCAGACAGAGGGGGUUGCAGUCAGCUCUGUAUUCCAGUCGCCCUUAAUAGGUGGCAGUGUGGCUGCCUGCCUGGCUACCAGCUCCAUCAGGACGGCAAGCACUGCAUUGCCUCUGGACCACCACCUUAUCUGCUAGUUGCCAAUCUAGUGGAUGUACGACAAAUUCACCCUGAUGGCACUGAGGAUCAAACUGUGGUACAGGAGCCCAGAGGAACAAUCAUAGCUGUGGACUAUGACCCCGUCCAGAGCAAAGUGUACUUUGCUAGUACAAGCCAGAAGACAAUUGUGCGGGUUGAUAUGAGAGGCAGAUCCAGGGACGUUCUUGUCUCUGACGAUUUGGGCUCUCCAGAAGGACUGGCUAUUGACUGGGUCCACCACAGAAUGUACUGGACAGAUAAAAGCCAGUCAACGGUUGACUGGAGCACUUUGACUGGGCUGAACAGAGAAACCAUUAUAAACAAAGGGCUGGAAAAACCGAGAGGAAUCGCAGUUCAUCCUUUGGCAAAGAAGUUGUUCUGGACUGAUAUAGGCGCACAGCCUGUUGUGGAAAGUGCCUCUUUGGAAGGAAAAGACCGUGUCGUAGUUGCUAGCACCAACCUUGUGUCGCCCAGCGGCCUGGCGAUCGAUUACACAGAGGAUCGUCUGUUCUGGUGCGACCAGAGGAGGGGAGUGGUGGAAACUGCUGCCCUGGAUGGUUCAGAUCGACAGGUCCUGAUAGAGAACCAAGUAGGUAGACCUUUUGACCUUGCAGUAUUUGAGGACAGGUUGUGGAUAUCGGAUCAGGAGAACCAGCAGCUGAGGAGUGUACACAAGCGGACUGGGAAAACGCUGCAACGUAUCCAUGACAACAUGGUCCAACCAGCAUCCAUUGUGGUGGUUCAUCCGCUUGCUAAACCAGGGGCAGAUGUUUGCCUUCACCUGAAUGGAGGAUGUACCCAGGUGUGUGAAAGCAAACUGGGAUUCUCCCACUGCUCCUGUCUGUCACACUACAUCCUGUCAGCUGAUGAAAAAACUUGUUUGCCAGUUGAUCCCUUGAACGGAACGACAGUGAACAGUGAGAACACACCCCUGACUACACCGAGGCUGUCAACUGACAAAGUGAAGGACAAUUCAGACUCCGAUGUCGGCAGUGAGCCAACUCUCUUCACUGACAAGAUGGUUUCAGACCAGAAUGAGUGUUACUCUCUUCGCUGUGAUGUAAAUGCACAGUGCCUGGUGAAUGCCGGCAGUCCAACCUGCCUAUGCGUAGAGGGUUUUACAGGUGACGGACAGCUGUGUGUGGGUGAGUAUUUCUGUUCCUGUGCAAUCCAUGAAGCCAAAAAAAAAAAAAAAAGGUGCCACACUGUAUAUUUAACUAAAUUAUAUCCCUAAUUUUCUCAAGAGUUGAAGACCACACUGAUGACGACCAGUAGCUCUGCUGAUGUCACCACAAGGCGCUACAACAGCAACUCAGUAGAGAGUUGCCCCUCCACCCAUGAAUCCUACUGUCUGUACGAGGGCGUCUGCUUCUACUUUCCUGAAAUGGACUCCUAUGCUUGCAAUUGUGUAUCUGGCUACAUGGGCGAGCGAUGCCAAUUCAGCGACCUGGAGUGGUGGGAGCUUCAGCAGGCUGAGGAAGAGAAGAGAAGAAAUGUGGUCAUUGCGACCUGCAUGGUGGCCCUUGUUUCCUUGCUCUCCAUCGCUGCCUGUGUCACGUACUGCUAUGGAACUAGGAAAUUCUUCCGCAAAGAGCCCUCAGUGGAUAAUGUGAGUGAGAGCAUCGUGACAGAUGAAAGCAUGUCAGAGUCCACUACUACCAGUGUGCCUCGGUUCCAAAUGGUUGCAGAAAAUAGUGUGGAAGGAAUGGACAUCCCUCCCACAGACUGUCCCAGGAGAGCCGUCUGCCCAUCCUGCUCUUCAGAAACGGGUGACAACCCCAUGCCUGAAGAGCCAGAAACGCUGUCCAAACACAACAGAGGCUAUGAAUGUUCCAUGGUGUCAGCUGCUGUCAUGGAAUCCAACCAACCCACCAUCCAUCAUUUAAGUCCAUCACUGUCAAGCUCAUAUACCUUUACGUCUUUCAAACCACCACUGCCUGCCCAGGAUCCCAGCCCCGAGUCCCUUGCCUCUUAGUUUACCAUAGAGACUGACACAACUGCAAAGUUAAAUGCACACUCUCUAACAUCUGGCUGACGUACAAAUUUCAAGUUCAUAGUUUCAUUCCAAAAUGAAAUACCUCACUGAAGCCGUUACCUAGCUAAAUAUUUUUUGUGGCAUUUAUUAAAUUAGCAAAUAUCUGGUUUUCUACUCUCAACUGUAGGUUUAUAUUAGACAUACUUUAUUUGUGCCAGACUAGCUCAUAAAAUCUAUUCUAAACACAGUAUCUGGUGGCAUUGCCUAGAAUGAAGUGGUACACAAAAAAUGAUGCUGCACCACAAGUAAAAGGAAACUAACUAUAGCUAACACUCAGCUAGUUAACGGAGUGUUAUCACCUUA